AUGUCUAGGGUCGUGCAAUUCGUGCCACGACGGUUCAGGUCAGGUGGCAAUGUCGGCAAAUAUAAGAAACCGUCUGCUGCUGAGUUGGACAAUGAGGCACUUGCGGUGACUCGAGAGGUCGCUAAGCAACUGAAGAAGAAGUACUACGACCCGUCUAAUGUUUCGCUUGACUUUUCGCUUCCGAACGCUGAACUCAUCAGGAAAAUUGAAGAGGACGCUAAGGACAGAAUGCACAAGCGUAUAAAGAAACCAGCGGAAGACUGGCAGGAGAACCAUCCUAUCGAUAUGGUAUCUACCCGUAAGAGACUCAGGAACCUUAUAUGGGGAGCCCGUAUCAGUUUGAAUAAGAACUUUUCACCACUAGACGUGGGUGAUGUGGUUCUUCUAGAUCUUGAAAGCACAGAGCUUCAUCUUGUGGUUGAUAAGCCUAAGGAUCUUAAUACAUCUACCUAUACUUUGCUCAAUCACGAGGGUGAUAUCAAAUACAUUGUGAGAGAACAGAUCCGUCUUCGAGUGCCGAAGGUCGCCUCUAACAGGAUAUUGAACCCACUUAAGGUGGUUCAGCAGGAAAAGAAGUACCUCGGCGUGGCGCCUAUUGGAAUGCCCGAUUCGAAGUUCUCCAGAUCGGCUGAAGCAUUGCCAGAUGAGCUUAGAAAAGAAAAGGCUGGACUGGAAGCUUCGCCUAAGAGGUCAGACGGUGAGUUUCUGACGACCGGUGAUGACUUUAUUAUGGCUCAAGCAGCUUCCCAGUUGCUCACCGAUACAGAUGUUAAGACGUAUAUUGUGCCGCUUCCAGUGAGACGCCUUCUUUCCAAAGCCCUCGUGGAGGCAUCCAUUACAUGUUUCAGGAAAGUCAACUCUUAUUCCAGAAACCUCGAUUACAUCCACAAGAUCUUGCAGUACGAUGAGAACAACAAUGUCAUCUCUUCUGCACGUUCCAUUCCAAUCUUUGAGCUUUUUGAAAUCUUCUCCAAGUUCGAACACAGAGUCAGACAUCUUGAUCAAGCUCAAGGCGUGGAUGAACUACGUGUUCUCAAUUCCCAGAUGACAUACUUAGGACUUGACGGUCCAACCAUUGUGGGCAAGAAGUAUCCUGAUCAGACAAAAGCCGGUUUCGACGAAGUGGAAUACUCAGCUACAUCAUACAUUGCAUACCUCGUCGCUUUGGCGCAAAAUCCUAGGAAAUGGAAGAUUAAUUUCCAGCACUCUUCUAAAACGCCUUUAAGUGUUGAUGUGCUCCCAAUAAGUACGUCUGUUGAUGCGUCUGAUGCGCUAGGCUUCUUGAAAGCUGAUGGUGGUAAAACUUUCACAAAGUUCUACACUGACUUUUACGCCAAUAAGAAGGACAUUAAACCUCCACAUCACUUGAGACAAGUGAUGAGCUUGCUCAAGGACUUUGUUGCUGGCAAUAUUGUCGAAGAUAAGAUGGUUGAAAGUGUGGUGGGCAACCUUUUGAGAAAUAUUGAUCAUUCGUUAGAUGCAAAUGGUCUCAGAAAGAUGCCAGUGAUACCUUACUCGUACGACUUUUCCAAAAGUCGAGCCCUCGAGAUCAUCUACUCCUUGGAGAAUAACGAAUGGUACAACCCAAGCAAAUGGCAAGCUCCUAUUCGUCUACCUGGAACAGGUCUUUCUCCAGAAGCAGAUGUUGCCAAGGCUUACUACGACUUCAUUGAUAAGAAGUUUUCCUCGAAGGAAGAUCUUGAAAAGGCUCUUAAUGCCACCCCAGUUGAACCAUCAGUGAAAGAAGCUGAAUUGUUGGACUUUAAUGACGGCUUAAGCACCCAAGACGAAUCCUCAGUCUUUGAUAGUUGGGUCGACUCCGACUUCAACAAGUCGGAUCCUUGCGAAAAGGUUAGAUAUGAUUUCGCUGAUGUUCCUAUCUACUGUAUUGACGCUGCCACGGCACAUGAGAUUGAUGAUGGUAUCUCCAUUGAAGACAGAGGUAACGAUUUCAGGUUUACUAUCCAUGUUGCUGACGCUUCUUCCUUCAUCAAGCAGUCAUCGAUGCUAAGCCAGAUCGCUCUUGGAAAGGGUGCCACUGUUUACAUGCCAGAAGGUCCUUCGUUAAUGCUUCCUCAGUUUGUGUCGAAAGUCUGUGGUUUAGAUGCUACAAACAAUAACAGAAGUUUUGCCAUUGAGUUCACCAUCUCCAAGUCAUCCAUCAUAGAUUACGAAGCGUCUCGCUCAUCCAUUGACGCAAAGUAUAUCAUGAAACAGGUGUCAGAUUCGUGCAGAGUUAGAUUCCUUAACAUUAAGAGCAACAGCCGUUGCAUCACUUACGAGCAGGUGAACAAUAUUCUCAAUGACGAGAGUAACAUUGAGAAGUUCGCUAAGGGAUCUUUCGAGAAAGGGGGUACGGAAUGGGCCCUUUUCAAUCUCUCUCGGGUUGCUACGAUAUUCGGCCAGAUAAGAGCCAAACAUAUGGGUGCUUUGAAUUUCCCAGGAGACUCCAGUAAGAUUUCUGUCGAUUACUUGUCGAGAGAAGAAGUAGGGGACAAGCAUUUCGAGAGAACCAAGGAAGGAUACAAGAUGGCAAUUGUCGGUAGGAACGCUGAACGUGUGCCUGUGGUUACCAUUGAGAAUAAUGUCCAUCAAUCAGAGGACUCAAAAUCACUGGAGCUCGUUCUGAACUUCAUGGUGACUGCUAACCAUGCAGCAUCAGAGUUUGCUUUCAGAAAGAAUGUUCCUAUCAUUCUUAGGACGCAGAAAUUAUCGUGGAGGAAACGUGUUGCCAAAGAAGUUAAAGAAAUUCUUGCUGGAAACAAAGAUUCCAGAGUUUCAGCGAAAGAAAUGGUUGAGCUCGGAAAGUUCUUAACUGCGGCAAACUACCAAGUCAAACCUUGUGGUCAUGAAUCCCUUGGUCUUCCAAGAUAUGCCCAUUUCACCUCUCCUUUGAGAAGAUAUGCUGAUAUGGUCAAUCACUGGAUCAUGGCACACUACCUCAUGAACCAAAAACAUCCCAGAUCAAAGGAAGUGAUCUUCGAUGAUGAUGCUAUGAACAACUUGUCCUACGUGGCCAAUCACUUGCAAAUCUGUCAAUUUGUGGUUAACCAUGCCCAGAAAGACUCUGACCUGUUCUGGCAAGGAAGCUUCCUCAAGCAAUACUUUGAAUGUUUGCAAGCUGGAGAAAUCGAAGACCCCAUUGAGUUUGAGUUCUUGCUUCUAAGCGAUCCGAAACGAGGAGAUGUCAGUUGCAGGGUGACAAACUUCAGUGGUUUGAGAACCACAAUUGUGGCCAACGAUACCUUAAAGCAGCUUUUUGAAAGCGGUGAGUACGAGAUUGGAAAAGCGGUGAAGCCAAAGUUCACCGUCAAGAAGAUAGAUUUGAUAGAGCAUGAGUUUACCGUUGAACUCGAAAGUACAUAG